UAUUGCGGAGUGACUAGGACGAAAUACACAGCGAUAUGAGAAUGUGUGUGUUGUUUUGCUCAUAUCGGUUGGGAAUAACAUAGCGUGUGCAUGUUGCAAAAUAAAGCGUGAUUUAGUUGCCUUAUUGCUUAAAAAUAACAGCGGAGAUUGUGUUAUUUGGGCGACCACGUUGUUUAAAAUCAUUUGUGUUCUCUUGUGUUAAAUCACGGAUAUUUUAAUGAAUAUAGUAAAAUAUUAUAAUACUGUUAAUAAUUAAAUGUGACCAAUAAUAUAAAGUGCUUACUUAUGUAAUUUACGUUUCAGUAAUGGGAAAAUACGAACGGAUUUUUUUGUGUAAUAAAUAUUGGUUUAUUAAAUAAUUUUGGAUCACAUUACUGAUAAUAGGAUUUUCAAACGUGACAUGUCGCCAUUAGCCCAUCGAGAAGGUCUCGUUAAUUACACAGGAGCAACAUACCGCGUUACUAUGGGUUACCGGGUGUAGUGUAUAAUGGACGGUCGUAUGGAUUUAAGCGCGCUGGAACGCACGCGGCUGCUUAGCUCUCUGUCGUCUGGGUCGCUCGCACAUCUGAGCAGCAGCAUUUCUGGUACCUCGAUAACGGAUUCCGUCGCCCAGUUGCGGUCCGCUGCGGACAGGUCCAGCACGGAGACCGCGUCGCCGCUCCUCGAGUACUCCAGAGGUUUCCUGCCUCCCGGAGCACUCUUUCCACCGAGUAGCGGCUAUGGAGCUAUGAUGGCGAGCUACCUGACAGGAUCUGGUCACGUGCCUGACUCCCUGAAGCAUCUCCUUCCGGAAAUGCGCCAGUACUGGGGCGCAAACGCUCACUCUGAAAGCUACGCUCGGUACCUGUUAGGUACGAUGUAUAACCCGUACCUGCCGUACCUGCCCGCCACAGAGUCCCUGGCGCUGUUCGCCCAGAGCUCCGCCAGCUCCUCUCAGCUUGAGGCACUGCACGCACACGCAGCCGUGCAGCACCGGAUAUACGACCUCCAAAAGGAGGCGUUAUAUGGCCAGGGGCCGUUUUCACCUGGUUUGCAUCCACAUCUUCACCUUUUGCACAAUCCCGGCGGGCAGGCUGAGCCCACAAAUCUGUCUAUUUCUUCUUCAAAGGCAAAAAAUUGGCGGCGAGAAACGUGGUCAUGAGGAAGAUAUUGGGUCAAGGCCGCAAGGCCGUGCGCGCGAUUCCGACAGUAAGGACUUGAAGCAGAAAGACAACGGAGAGACGAAGGAGCGUUCAGGACCUAUCGAUGGACUAGUUGAUUGUUCAAAACACUGUGAUAGUGGUAGUGAAAGAACCAGAGAAAGGGAGUCCCAAAACAGACGACAAAGACAGAAUCAAAAGUUCCUCUAAAGUUCUAAAAUCGCCACCAGUUCGCAGUAGUGAAAGUGCUCGGUUGGCGAGGGAAGAACGAUUUCUCCGAAAAGCAAACGUGAGAGAAGUCACAGCGGUAAUUCCUUUCCAGUGAGCGCACCGGGAAAGACAAAUCCUACAAACAUAGUCCCGUUUUGAGAUGCAAUGACUCAAGCCCGGUCCCUAUCGUACGCAGUAGUUCAACCCACAGCUCUCGUCAAAGUGAAUUUAGUCCGAGUCUUCAUUCCCCCAAGGCUCAUUUAAGUCCAGUUCAGAAAGCUGACCUCAGUGGACCAAGCCCUGUUCAGAGUUCGUUCCGCGGGGGUUGCACACGCCGCCCAUUUUUCUCCUAAAAGUUUAACACAAACUGGAUCUUAUCCUCGAGACAUUCUCCUGACCAGGGUUUGCGUUAGUGAACAAGAAGUACCAGAGAAUCUCUGUAUAAAGGAUACACGGAGUGGUUCUAGCUUAGAAAUACAUGACGCAAAAGUAAAGACCGAGUUCACGGAUCAAUUUGCAGUCGCAUCUCGAUAUUUCACCGCUGACCGUAAUUACUUCAGAAGUCGUAACUGAGGUUA